GAACUGCACACAUUGGAACAAAAAGCUGAAGUGCUUAGUCGAAGAACAUGGGGUUGUUUAGGUGUUUCAGUAGAGGUGAUAAAGUUAUCGGGCUGUGGACAUCUGAUUUCAGCUCUUUUUUGCAGUGAUGGUGGCCUACGUGAUCCAAACCUAUCACUCCAAACAAACCCACUUCCCUCAUCUCAGCACACAUCAACAAGCCAAAACAGAUAAAUCAUGUGCCGGGGCCGGAAAUGAACGUCCUUCCAAGCAGCGCUUCACCUACAUCUGUAUGUCUGCUGUUCCUAAAAUAAAAACAGAAGUAAAAAAACGGUGAUCAAAUUGUUCCCUACCCUACCGGGAGAGUGAGAGACUUAUCAUAUCUGUUCUGGUCAGUUAUAUGAUUCGUCAUGAGCAUGAUAACGCUUGUGUUUUGCAAUCAGCGGGAGUAUAGGCGAAGAGUGAAGCAAAACAAUGGCAGCAAACCGUCCAGGGAGUGUUUACACUUCUUGCAACGGGCAUGUACCAUGCCGCAACCCUGUACGAUCCAGGAUAUCGAAAUGAAGAGUGGGCCUACAGUCGCUCAGACACGGCAGUUCUUGUAACAUUGAUGCUCUUCCAUAUUGCGGCCAUCGUAGGAUCACUCGCAGGAUGGAUUCUGAUCGAGCGUUACGCCAAAAAACAGAUCAACUUUGUAACGAUGUCCUUCGUGAUCGUGGGCUGCACGGUAAGCAUCGCAGUGCCGCACAGCCUCAUUGCCGUCGCAUUUGCCCGCAGCCUGAUGGGAGUGGCUCACGGUCUUGCCUACCUACUAGUGCUAGUGCACGGCGGCGAGAUAGUGAUCAAGGAGCUGCGUGGUGUCAUUAUGGCGGCGGUAAACUUUUGCGUCAUCUCCGGUGCGCUGAUCGGUGGCAUCGUAAACCCGGUCGACCUGGAAAGCCUUACCGCACACCAGUUUCUGGGCAUCAUUGGGCUCACCUACAUGCUGCUAGCUUUCUUCCUCAACCUGAUGCUCUGCUACGAGUCGCCCGUCUUUCUGCUCCAGCGCAAUCACGAUGCGGAAGCGCUUCGCAGUAUGCUGAAACUGCGCAACGAGUCGACCGAGUCGUGGGAAAUUCGUAACGAAAUGACCGAAUUCAAAACCAUGCUGUCGGAGGAUGCGACUACAUCGCGGUCCAUCUUUAUGGACGGGAAUCUUCGCCCACUGGCACUGGUAGCGCUCGGCAAGGUUGCGUCCGUGCUGUCGUUCAACUACGCCGUCAACACGGUCAAAGCGAACGUCAUCGAUGAGGUGUUGGAUAGCAGCGCAACCACCACCACCGAUAUACGGCUGUCGAUUGUCAUCCUGAUGUCGAUAAGGAUGGUGGUCGGUAUGGGCGCCAUGUUCGCGGUCGAUGUACUCGGGCGCCGCGCCCUCCAGCUCGUAUCGAUCUGCUCCACCGGGCUAGUCCUGGUCGCGAUGGGUAUCGUCUACCUGGCGACGGACUCCAUUACGCCCGACAUCGGGAUGGCACUGUUUGUGGCCUGUGAAGUGGGUGCCUCCCUCGGUCUUACCUUCAUCCCGGACGUGCUCUGCUCGGAAGCGUUCAACACGAAGAAGAAGGCGCUAUCGAUCGCUGUAGUUCAGGUGCUGGAGCAGAUACUGCAUCUGAUCGUGUUUGGCGUCGUGUACUGGUGGAACUUUGCUGUGUACGAUCGGUACGGAGUGACGCUGCUAGUGGCCGGGAUACCAAUGCUGGGCAUUGGAUAUGUGCUUUACCGGAAGCUGCCGGAAACCUCCAAGAUGUCGAUACGACAGGCGCGUAUUGAGUUUUACAAGCGCGAGGGUAUCGUGUUUGGUGGUAGCAAGAACUCAGUGGAGGUGCUUUACGACUAGAACGGGACUGGAGACUGGGACUGGUGUUGUACAAUAAAUUAUUGAACUAUUUUGUAAUUUA